AUAUAAGCUGUAGCUGUAAAUUGUCAUAAACUGUUGUAAAUUGUAUUUUUUUAUCAUUAUUAUAUUUAAAUAUUAAUUACGUUUAACUUUUAAGCUAUUACAGAAUCACCAAGUUAGGCAUCUCGCCCGUUCAAAAUGGAAAAACUAAGACAUACCGUAUUAAAAAAUUUUAAAAGUCUGCAUCGAACUCGACUUAAAAUUUUCGAUGGGGACUUUAAGGCACUAACUGCGGCGAGACUAAAAAUAAACGAUGAAUAUAAGAAAAAUAAAGAAGUCAAAGAUGAAGAAGCAAUAAAAGCCAUGAUUAAGUUUAGUGAGGAAAUUGAGAUAGAACUGAAAACUCAAGUCAUUCAAGCCCGAGAAGUUAAGCCUGGUGUCUUUGAGGCAAGAAUUACUCAAGACACUGUUAAGCUGGACAAUGUCAUGUUUGAUGAAAAUGCAGAGUUACCUAAAAGACGUAGAAAAAACAAACAAUGUUGUCAGGAGAUGAAAGAUAAAUAAUAUGAGAUGUUUAUAAUCUAAGUAUAAUGUAGAUUGUGUAGGAGGACAAAUGUGUAGAAAAAUUAUUUCAAGCUAUACCUUAAUAUUAUAUUGUUCAUAUAUGGUAA